CGUUUAUACAAAGUCGUAGACAGUGAGUUGAUUUAUAUACAGCGUGUUAAUACCUAUUUUAGCUUCAUAUAUGUUUCAUUACUAACACUAAUUAAAUUGAAUAUUUAAAUGGAUGGUUAUUGCAGAACUGGCCAAGCGACAGGCCCCGCCCCCUUCCUCGAUGCUAGUAACUAUAACAACAACCAACCGGCGUAGCUAACGCAACCAGUGCAGUCUUGGGAAUAUGCGAUAGUUUUGACGUCCCGUUUUUUUAAAUCUUAUAUUCAAACUGGAAUUAUUUAAUUAACAUCGUAUUCGCAUGCAUCAUUUACCGUCCAGGAACUCGUCACUUUACGUCUUCACAUGCGCCUGACCUUGCCAGAGCCCGAAGCUAGCUCAAUGCUAUCCCGUUUGGAGUGUUAAGCUAACUAACAUUAGCUGUGUGAGUCCGCUCGCCUUUUCCUCUGCUCAGCCCUGUUUUAGUUGCGUUCAUGAUGGAGGACGAAGCCUUCACCGACAUCAAUGGCAAAACCAUAUCUCUGGACUGCCAGAGUCACUCCAGCCUCUGCAGGGAGUUCACAGUCAGCGUCCCCAAAGUGUCCAUCGGGAAGGUGUUGGUGUACACCUGCUGUGUUUGGCUUCUGGCAUACGCGGUUUUCUGCUUCACAGAGAACACAGCUGUUCUGUCCAGUGCGAUCAUCGUCACCCUGGUUGGCAUGAUGCUUCACAUCCACUUCGUGAAGGUAGACCACGAGUCGCUGAUCGUCAUCCGCUCGCUGGGCAUACAGAUGUCCUCCAGCUACGCCUCAGGCCGUGAGACCACCACCUUCAUUGAGAUGAGCAAGAUCAAGGAUAUCGUCAUCAAUGAAGCUAUUUACAUGCAUCAAAUCAUCUACUACCUUUGUGUGCUGCUGAAGGACCCAUCAGAACCUGAGGCAGUGUCCAGUGUUGUGCCCUUGUUUCAGAGUUCAAAGCCAAGACUGAACUGCUUAGUGAAAGUUUACAAAAGCUGUCAGGAGAUACUUUCAAAGUGCUGAUGACAUACAACUCGUAUGUUUGCAAUGUUUCUGAUCAUUCAGGAUGUUUUUAAUACUUCUUUGUACUCUUAAUUUAAUUUUAGUGGAUGGAAGCAGGAAGCUGGUAGUUUUUCUUGAUUUCAUUAACAGUGUAUUUUUCACUCCUUUUCUUACCUUUUUAUUGUGAAUGUAAUCUGUCGGAUACAAAAUCAAGUUAAAUUUUGUAAUAAUUUCACGUGGUACUUUGUUGUUCAGUUACUUUGAUAACAGACUUCUUAAACCUAAAGAGCCAAACCUUUUAACUGGCAUUGACUUAUUUGUGCAUUUCCAUUUUUUCCUAUUUAUGCCAAAGUCUGUAUUUUGCAUAAAUUCCCACACUGUAUUUUUGAUUAAAGAAAAUAGUUUUAACAUAACACAA